AUGGCAGACUUUGCCCAGGUGGGCCAGUUACUGGGGGAUGCCAUCGAACACAGGGUCGCCCAGGCGGUGCAGCAACACGUCCAGCCGGCGGUGCAGCAGGCUGUAACGGCGCAGCUGGGUACGACCGUGCAGGCAGCGCUGCAGCCGAUCCACCAAACCCUGACUCAGCUGCAACAUGACGUGGCGGGGGUGCAGCAGAGUUUGUUGGGGCUGCGGCAGGAUGUGCAGACCCUGGGCGCACGCCAGCACAACGGCGUGUGCUGCAGCGGCGUCCUCCGGGGCGCCAUCUCCAUCCAGUGGCCGCACCACGGCGGCGGCGCCAUGCCUGCGCACAUCGCGGGCCAGCCGCUGCCCGCCACGCGGGACGAGGUACUGCAGGCGACGGCACCUGUGGUGGACGGCAUGCUGUCCCUGUACGGCCUGCCGGCCGGCUCGACCGCUGGAAACGUGCUGCAGCGACAGAACGACCUGCUUGCGCAUGCGGGCAUCUAUGUGUGA